AUGACGGCUUUAGAGGGGAGUGGUUGCUAUCCUGCAGUCCGGGCAAGGGAAUGGGGGAAAAUAGCGUCCAAUGUUCCAGAUCCGCCUCAAUGCAUCGACAACUGCGGUCGAAAGUUCCUUGAGAAACUGGUACCGGGCUUCAGAGAUUCAAAAUGGACUGAGGCCUGUGGGAUUCUUUCAAAGACUGGGAAUACGAAGCAGCUUUGGGAUCUUUACUGCUGCAACUCGUCGAUUUGCGGGGUGUUCCCAUCCAUGGGGCAGGAUCCUGUGUUGUUGACCCUGGUCCAUAGCAACGGCAUUCGAACAGUUCAAGAUCCGGGACCGCCUCCUUUAGAAUACGACUGCUCGGCCGUCAUCAACUACGCAGAGUGUUCAAAGCCUUUCUUCCAGAGCGAUUCAAGACCAUCCACCUCAGAGGAGGGGUUUUGGGCCACAAGUGCCAUAGUUGCGAAGCCCUCCUCAACGUCGACAACGGCCAUGGUAUCGACAUCUUCCAGUCAAGCACUAACAUCUGGCGCAUCAACUUCAAAUCAAUCGCAUAAGAGACGACCUAGCGGCAGUCUUUCCCUAGGCUCAAAGAUAGCUAUUGGAAUAUCUUGUGGCAUCGUCUUGAUUGCGAUCAUAGCAAUUGCGAUAUGUAUCUGGCGACGCCGCCCCCGCCGUGGCUACACUCAGAGCAUCAAGAGCGAAAUCAAGCACCCCUCACUUCCUCAAGCCAGCUCACCCACGCCCCUAAUAUCUCCAGAAGACUCAACGCACGACGGUACACAUCAUACCACACUCACGCCACCACCCCGACUGAAAGAACGAAAUCUGCUUCCUUCAUUGAUUAGCACGACAACGUCAGACGCGGGGGGCUCUUCUCCAGGAACUCCAGUCAGUUAUCAUGGCCCAGGCGGCUUUCCACAGUCUCCUUUUGCCGAUCCGGUGAGCGCCAGGCUCGCACAGAAAGGAUACCGUUCAUCGAAACCUCCCGUCUCCCCGCUAUCGAGCAGCUUCCAUGGAAAGUCUAUCAAGACGGUGAGCAUAGGCAGCGCAGCCAGCAACCGCACGACAACUACCGUCUCCAACAUCUCCAGUGCAUUCCCUUACCCGUCACCAUCACGACCUCCCCGUCCACAUGACACUCCGCUCCGCAUACCAGACCUUGUGUGUCCCGGGCCGCCUCCAACCCGAGCACUCCCGCCGCCGCCACCACCCGUAAGCCCAGUCAGUCCCGUCAGUCCUGUUAGUCCAGCUGCGCUAUUCAGACAACAGUCAAUAGACGUCGGGCAUAACGUAAGUCUGGCCCUCGCAGCCGGGUUCAUACCGCCACGGAACCCCGCCAGAGGCGUCGUCUUGGAGAAGGAUUCGAAGGACUUUUGUGACUUGACAGAACGAUGUGCGAGAGAGUCCAGAGACAGGGAUAGCUGGGGAAGUUGGAGUUUCGGCGGCGGUGUUACGAGUAUUGGCACGAGCUCGGCCCAAAGAGGAGGAGCGGCGAGGGUGAAUAGUCCUGUAUUAGAAGAGGCUGACCUCGAAAGAAUGGGCGGAAAAUACUGA